AUGUAUGAAGGGAAAGCGGAGAUCCUGGCGUCCCUAGUUCCAGUAUUUUCCUUUGGUGAGAAUGAAGUGUUUGAUCAGGUGAACAAUCCAAAGGGCUCACUGUUAAGAAAGAUCCAGGAACGUUUGCAGAAGGUGAUGGGUAUAUCACUCCCCCUCUUCCAUGCCCGUGGUGUAUUCCAGUACAGCUUUGGUCUCAUGCCCUACAGAAAGCCCAUUCACACAGUGGUCGGCAAACCCAUAGACGUGGAGAAGAAAGAGAAUCCAACGCAACAGGAAAUUGAUGAAACGCAUCAGAAAUACAUCGAGGAACUCAUCAAACUCUUUGAGGAGCACAAAGCAAAAUAUAAGCUGGCCGAGGACAAGCAUCUAACUUUUAUCUGAGCUCCUUCUUCUUAACUGCACUCUUGAUUUCGCUUUCCAUCUGCCAUUCCAUCUGUAUGAAGUGACUGAUUUGGAGUUGGUGCUGGAUGGAAUGAGUUGCUGAGUGGGAUGCUCUGUGUUUCUGGGAAAAUAUCAAAAGACAUCCAAUUUGGGCACUCAGUGAACAGAAUAAAGAUGAA